AUGGUCAAGAACAUCUUUGCUAGGCCGCAGGAUAACUCGGCGAAUCCUGCGCCUCCAGAAGUCUACAACUGGAGGAUCUAUGCUCUCGCCGCUUCCGCGGCCAUGGGUUCUUCCAUGUUUGGCUAUGAUUCAGCCUUCAUUGGAGGUACCAUGUCCCUCCCUUCGUUCCAGGAGCGCUUCCAGUUGGCUUCUGAGACUGGCACAGCUCUGGCGUCAUUGAAGGCAAACAUUGUCAGCACGUUCCAAGGUGGCUGCUUCUUUGGAGUCUUGUUGUGUUAUUACAUGACUGAGAAGCUCGGACGUCGCUGGGUUUUGAUCUUGUGCGGUAUCAUCUUUAACCUUGGUGCUAUCAUUCAGCUUGUCUCUAACGGUAGUCUGUCCUACAUUUAUGCUGGUCGUGUACUUACUGGUCUUGCUGUUGGCGCCUCUUCCAUGAUCAUCCCCGUCUACAUCUCCGAAUCCGGUCCACCUGCUAUCCGAGGACGUCUCAUCGGCAUAUUCGAAAUCCUUCUGCAGUUCUCCCAGAUCGUCGGCUUCUGGGUCAACUAUGGUGUGAAUAUUCAUAUCUCCCCGACAAAUGACGCGCAAUGGCACAUCCCAUUCGCGCUACAGCUUGUUCCUGGAUCUCUACUCGUACUCUGCAUGUUCUUCCAACCCGAGUCCCCUCGUUGGCUGCUUAACGCUGGUCGAAUCGACCAGGCUCGCAAGGUCCUCCAGCGUCUUCGACAACUGCCCGCCGAUCACGAAUAUCUGAACUGGGAGAUUGAUGCGGUUCUUAAUCAGAUUGAGGAGGAGAAAGCCAUGGGUGCUGACAGAGGGUUCCUUGCUAAAUUGAAGGAAGUUGUUGGGCCUACCAAUCGAUCCCGCCUCCUUCUGGGCAUCGCUCUCAUGUUCAUCCAGAACAUGUCAGGUAUCAAUGCCCUUAACUACUACUCGCCCUCAAUCUUCAAGUCGAUUGGUUUCACUGGAACCAGCGUGGGACUUCUUGCAACUGGUAUCUUUGGAAUCGUGAAGGCAAGCGCUACGGGCCUCUACAUGAUCUGGGGUGUUGAUGCACUUGGUCGUCGCCAAUCACUCAUGAUCGGCUCAGCUGGCGCAGCCAUUGCACUGUUCUACCUUGGCAUCUAUGCCAACCUAUCGGGCUCUUUUGACGCUGGAGCGGUUGCUACAGAGAAGACCGCUGGAGCUUAUGUGGCUAUCGUCAUGGUCUAUAUCUUUGCUAUCUUCUAUGCAAUCUCUUGGAACGGAAUUCCUUGGAUCUUCUGCGCUGAGGUUUUCCCGAUGGCCAUUCGCUCCAUUUGCCUGGUCUUUACCACUUGCGCUCAAUGGCUUGGACAGUUCAUCAUCGUGUACUCAACGCCAUACAUGAUGACCGACAUUACAUGGGGAACAUUUAUCCUUUUCGCAUGUUCUGUUGUCUUUGGUCUUUGCUUCGCCUUCUUCCUCAUUCCCGAGACCAAGGGUAUCUCGCUUGAGGACAUGGAUCUGCUGUUCAGUCGCAAUGGUAUGCCCCGUACAUGGCGCCGGCAGACGAAUGAUAUUAUUGCUCAGCGACGGGCUGGUGAGGAGGGUUAUAGCAAGGACGCCAAACAAGCUAACAGUGUCAUCGCUGAGCACCAGGAGAAGGCUUGA